GAUUUCGACAAUUAUACUCACAAUCAUCCUUUUAUAUCUGAUCUAUCUGAGAGUCAGGAAACAUUACCUUUAUUCGAAACGGACUUCCUCCGACCGUCCCUACCUCUAUCAAUCCCUUCAACAUUCACACGUGUUGGCCCUGGUCGUAAGAAGGUCUAUUUUCUCUAUGACGAAAUGCUCUAUAACGACUGGGUCGCCCAUAGCUCUGAUGGUACUGCAAAGGUUAUGUGUAAGCGCUGUGGACAGAUUCUUGAGCACCUAAACUUUGUCCGUGAGACAAAAGAUGGGAAGAAACAGCGUUAA